CUCACCACGCAGCCCUUCCUGCCGUGCGCCUCUCUCGCCGCACACUCGGCGCACACUUGCAGCUGCGUUUCGUGCGCGCCAGCGAGUGCCGGCCGAGGUGAGCGUGCGCCCGGAGCCGCUCCCGGCCUGACCUCCACGUCGCGCGCACUCGCACAGCCGGCGCCAUGUCGCAGGCGCGAGCUGGGCCCAGCCGGCCACGGCCCGGGCCUGCCGCCAACGUCCUCGAUCCCUUCGGCGGCGCACCCGCAGCGCCCGUCGCUCUGCCCGCACUGCGCCGUCCGCCGCGGCCGCGGCGCCCCUCGGCGCGCGCGACGGGCAGCAGCAAGGCGCCCGCCUCGCGCAUCGCGGCCGCCUCGGAGCGCCUAUCCGCCGUCGUGGCUCGCCUCUUUCGCCGGCACGGCGCCUCUGUCUCGCGACAUCCGAUCCGUACGCUGCUGCUCUGCUGUCUCUUCAUCACCUCGCUCUUCUAUCCCGCCGCGGGCAUUUACCUCUUCGCGUCGCAGGGCGGGCCGGGCCUGAGCCGCAGCGACACGACGUCCGUCUGGCGCACGCUCUCGACGCCGCUGCUCGACUCGUUCGCCUCGUCUGGGCGCACGCACCUCAAUUCGCUGCGCGACCUGCGCAUGGUUUGGGACGAUGCGCCGGAUCUAUCUGCCAAGGACCCGCGCGACACCGUCGUCCAGCGCGGCCGGCAGCAGCCCGAGCCGCAGUGCGCCAGGCUCGAGCAUGUCCUCGUCACCACCGACGACGUGAUGCGCGGCACCGCUGGCCGUGGCGGCGUGCUGCAGGCGGCCGUGCUCAACUCGGCGCAGCGCCUGCAGGCCGCGCUCGAAGCCAGGCUGGCGGGCGAAGCUGCGGCAGGGACAGCACAAGCGCCUCGCUGCGUUCGCACGCCCACCGGACAGUGCCUCACGCUGAGCCCGCUCGACUACUGGCAGGCUGCGGCGCUGCCACUGCAGUCAGAUGCGACAUUAUCGGCGCUGCUCGAGCCGCAGCACAAUGUCUCGUCGCGCGGCGUGCCGCUGGCGCUCACAACGACGCUGGCCGGGCGCGGGCCGCUCUUCAGCCGCAGCCCGCGCGCUGAGUUCUUGGUGCUCAGCUUCUGGCUGCAGGACCCGGCGUGCGGGGCAGAUGAAGGCCAGCAUGAUGCGUUCCGUGGCCUGCUCGACGACGUCGCUAGUGGCACGCGCAUCGUAGAGAGCGAGCUUCGCUUUGAGAAGGAGGUGGUGCUGCGUUUCGUGCCCGACGCCGCAGUGCCCAAGCUGCGCAAGGUGCUGCUGGGCCUCGGCUACCUGGCCUUUGUGGCAUGGAUCGCGCUCGGCCUCGUCAAAGUGCGCAAGGUGCACUCGCCAUGGGGCCUUGCCUUCACGGGCACGAUCGAGCUGCUGAUCAGCACGAUCAUGAGUGUCAGCAUCUGCGCGCUCAGCGGGCUUCGUCUAACUGCUGUGCCGUGGGAGAUCCUGCCGUUCGUCAUCGUGCUCGUCGGCUCCGAGAACAUGUUCGUCCUCACCGACGCAAUCGUCUCGACGCCGCUCUCGCUCACUGUGCCGGCACGCAUCGGUGCUGGGCUCAACGCGGCCGGCGUGCCGAUCGCUGUGACAGUCGUGUCGGACGUCGCGCUCAUGGCGCUCAUCGCCGCCGUCGUCGGCGUGCCCGCCGUGCGCGAGUUCUGCCUAUUUGCCAUCUGCAGCCUCGUCGUCGAUUUCUUUAUGCAGAUGACCUUCUUCGUCACUGUGCUCAGCAUCGAUCUGCAGCGCCUCGAGCUCGCCGAUCUACUCGCACAGGGCGGUCGCGGGCAAGCCGAGCCGAUCGGCUCGCCUGACGAACAGGAUGAUACGGCCGUAGAUAGCGAGGACGAGGACGCGGAUGCGCUGCAGCCGUCAAGCACUCGCGGGCCACAGCCGAGCUCGGGCAGAAGCGAGCGGACUGACUCGUAUCUCAAGAUGAGCUGCAAGGCCGCCUGGCGGGCGCGGACUGCGCGCACCGCAACGCUCUCGGGCCUCCUCGCGGCACUCUUCGGGCUGUACCUCUACUACGGCACGGGCUACCAGGCCGAGGGCGUGCAUGGGCCGACGCUGCCGUUUGCUGAGGCUUAUCCGUCGUCGAGCGUGUUCGGCAGCCAAGACGUGCGGCCGACGAGCACGCAUCUCUCGAGUCAGACGUUCGACCCCUUGGCGCACCUGCCGUCCGAUGCGGAGCAGAGCGUGCAGCAGCCGUGGUGGCAGAGCUCGCCCUCGGCACCCUUCUGGCAGGCGCUUAACCCGCGCGGAGCGCCGUACGUGCGCAUCGUCGUGGCGCCUUGGACGAUCGUCUCCCUGCGCGGAGCCACCUCUGUGGGCCCCGAGCACGCGCGUCCCGUGGCGUUCGCAGCCUGGGCCCUCUUCCGCCCGCGCGUGCGCGCGCUCAUCUGGUUCUUCAAGCUGUCUGUACUGCCGAUCGCGGGCACGACCGGGCUGCUCUGGGUCCUCCUGCUCUACCUGCUCAAGGACACCGAGCUGCUCUAUGCACAGGAAGACAAGGAAGAUGCGCUCUUCGACGACAGCGCGACGGAUCGCGGCGCCGGUGAUGACAGCGACCGCGAGGCUGCGCCGCCACUCAAGGUGCAGCUGACCGCGGCGCGUGCGCUGCAUGGCUCGGACGUCGACUAUGUCGCUCAGGACGGCGACACUGUGGUCAGUGUCGCGAUCGACUCGUCAAUCUCCGUGUGGCGCGUCGGUGGACCGGCGCGCUCUGUCGCAUCUUUGCAUCAGACGCCAUCUCCGGGCAGCGCCGUGUCGGCCCGCGCACCGCAAGCCACUUGUGCGGCGGUCGACGAGGCAGCCGAUCUCGCCGCAGUGGGCUUUCGCUCAGGCGCGAUCAGCGUGCUGUUGCUCUCAAGUCUGGCUGUCGUUGCCAGCGCUACGCCGACGACAUCGCCAGUGCAGCACGUGUGCUUCGUGCCGCGCUCCGACAAGGGCUCUGCACAGCUCGUCUCGGCCCAUCGCGAUGGCUCUGCCUACGUCUGGCCCGCCGAGCAUGGCGCGAGCCCUGGUGAAGUCGUGGCGCCACGCAGCGAGGCCAGCUGGACGUCGUACGCUGUGCCGCUUGCUGCCGCCUUUUCAGCCAGCAUGCAGCAGUCCGAUCUCGUGGCAUUCGCGUCGUCCUCCUCGAGCCUCGAGCUGCGCCACUGGCGCGCUGGGCGUCUCGAGAGCGUCUUCAGCCUCGUCGGCGCGCCGCGCGCGCUCUAUCGCUGCGUGGCUCUAUCGUCGCUGCACUUCGCGAGCAGCGACAGCCCCGAGUCGACGCCGCAGCCCGCAUCGCGAUCGAGCGAGCCGCUCGUAGGCACGGUGCUGUGCGGCACGUUGACUGGCGCUGUGCAGGCGUGGGACCUGAGCAGCUCUCAGCUCAUCUCCUCGCUCGAUCUUAACGAUGGCGCCAUCUUGUCUCUGCAAGUGCUUCCGAGCAGCGAUGCUGGUAGCGCGCCAUCCGACGUUGCACUGGCUUGCACGGCAACCAGCGCUUUCCUGCUUCGUCUCAGCGGCGCUCCGCAUGCCGGGCCGGCUAGCGAGCUUGGAAUCUCGCCCGGUCGGCCACUCAAUGGCCUGACGCUUCCAUCGUCGCCGUCAGGCUCGCGCGCAGGUCUGCCACACCUGUCGGGCAUGCGCAGGCCCAGCGACGCCGGCAGCCAGAUGAUGACGCCCUCGAACAGCGGACGCGUCCGCAGCGGAUCGCGGCCCAGCUCGGCAGGCACUGGCAGUCUCAAUGCCGCAGGGCACGUCGUCGGCACAGAGACGGCCUCCACCGGCGUGGCGCCCUCGCCGCGCAGCUCCCGCUUCCGUACCAGCACCGACCGCGUCUCGCUUGACGUGCUCGAUGCACUGCGCGACGGCGUCUUGCCCGGCGACAGUGCUCUGCGCGCCAUCCGGCGAGAGCCGAUCAAGCGUGGCGGCGCAGUGCUGGCGCGCGAUCCGCGCGGCGAGCCUGUCGUGCUGGGCGUGCGCCGCCGACAGGCAGAAGACGCCUCUCGCUGGGAGCUGUGGCACCUGCAGAACGCAGGUUGCGCCGCACCGCAGGUCUACGCCUCUGAGUCGGAUCUGGAGACCAGUCUGCUCGAGCUCGAGAGCGAAGAGGCCGCCCACCCCGAGGCAGACGCACCUGAUGCGUCUUCUGCACCUGCUUGGCCCUCGCUCUCCCUGCGCCCGACGGCGCUCAAUGGCGCUGGCCCCUCCGCGAUGCCGCUCUCCUUCACGCGCCUCAAGCCCGUUCUGCUCUCGACUCGCGGCACUAGCAGCAUCGCGGCACCACAAGACACUCCGCCCGCGCUGCUGCUCGGCUUCGGCAACUCUCUGGCGCACGUCGUGCCGCUGCGGCAGAACGCAGGCGUCGUGACGCUGCCCGACAACAGCCGUGCGAGCAGCGAGCUUGCUGGCGCGCAGCACAUGCGCCGCCGCGGCGCUCGCCGACCUUCCGACUACGGCAUCUGACCCAGUUCCGCGCACUGCAUCCCCGUUGCGCCUCGGCGCAUCCAUCUCCUCGCCUUCUUCCGCUGGCCACCUCCUCUGUCACCGCGUCUCUGUAAUUGUGCCGGUCAUCAAAACUCUGUU